AACAUACUCCUGGAAAUGGGGUAAUUGAGGAUUCAGUAAGGGUUUUUUCCAUCAGCAAUGGAAAAAAGAAAGUAGAGAUAACUUAUAAUGUUAUAUCCGACCCAGAACUAGAAUUUGAUGCUUUUGUAGACUCAAAAAGAGUAGAAAAAUUAUCAGAAAUCUUUUCCAAAACCGAAACGCCUUUUUUUAAUAAUAAAUGUCUAGUUGGAAAAUCAUAUACUUUUAAAGAAAUUGAAAUAAAUGUGGAUUAUUACGUGGUUAAUAAAGCGGAAAUCGACCAGUUUAAUGAAAAUAAUUAUCCUCAUGGAGUUGAAAAAGUAGGAAAAAGAGACCCCGAAAAAGGUCAUUAUUUAGGUGGUGCUUUAACUUGUUCCGGCGGUGAUAAUCGUGGCAACGAAUAUACAAUUGCCGCUUUUGAAAAGCAUCCAGUUGGUUUUGACCCUGAUUGCUACGGUCAAAACGGUAAUCUGAUAUCUCCCAUCAAGGGAAAAUCAAGUGAUAACCAAAAACCUGACCCAAUUUCAGGUCAAAAUUCGAACCCACCCCAAUCUUCCGGUCUUUCUAAGUCAGUCAAAGAGCAGGUUGUCAAUUAUAUGAAACAAAAUGGUAUCUUUCAGUUAACUUUGGAUAAUGGCAAAAUAGUAGUUGAAUACAAUAAUUCGUCAAAAAAGGAAGAGAAAGAAAUUAAUUCUCAACAAUUGAAAACUAUUCAGGAUUAUUUAAAAAGUCAUAAUAAUUCGGUCAAUUACGAGCAACUAAAUUAUGAUGCUAAUUCGCCUACCACUGACCUAGAUAAAAAACCAGAUUAUAUUUACUGA